UUUUAUUUGAAGUUUUAUAAAAAUAUUUAAAUCUAAAGAUGAGAGAAAUCGUACACGUUCAAGGAGGACAAUGCGGAAACCAGAUUGGUGCUAAGUUCUGGGAAGUCAUCUCUGACGAACAUGGUGUUGACCCAACUGGUACCUACCACGGAGACUCUGACUUGCAGCUCGAAAGAAUCAACGUUUACUACAACGAAGCAACUGGCGGUAGAUACGUGCCAAGAGCCGUCUUGAUGGAUCUCGAACCAGGAACCAUGGACUCCGUCAGAGCCGGACCAUUCGGACAGCUCUUCAGACCAGACAACUUCGUCUUCGGUCAGACUGGUGCUGGAAACAACUGGGCCAAGGGACACUACACCGAAGGAGCUGAACUCAUCGACUCCGUCCUCGACGUUGUAAGAAAGGAAGCUGAAGGAUGUGACUGCCUCCAAGGAUUCCAGAUCACUCAUUCUCUCGGAGGAGGAACUGGAUCCGGUAUGGGAACCCUCUUGAUCUCCAAGAUCAGAGAAGAGUACCCAGACAGAAUCAUGGAGACCUUCUCAGUCUUCCCAUCCCCAAAAGUCUCAGAUACCGUCGUUGAGCCAUACAACGCUACCCUCUCCGUCCAUCAGCUCGUUGAGAACGCUGACGAAGUCAUGGUCAUUGACAACGAAGCCUUGUACGACAUCUGUUUCAGAACCUUGAAGUUGACCACUCCAACCUACGGAGACUUGAACCACUUGGUCUCUGCCUGUAUCUCCGGAGUCACCUCAUGCUUGAGAUUCCCAGGACAGUUGAACUCUGACUUAAGAAAGUUGGCUGUCAACUUGAUCCCAUUCCCAAGACUCCACUUCUUCAUGGUUGGAUUCGCCCCAUUGACCUCCAGAGGAUCCCAACAAUACAGAGCCUUGACUGUUCCAGAGCUCACCCAGCAAAUGUUCGACGCCAAGAACAUGAUGUGUGCUUCCGACCCAAGACACGGAAGAUACUUGACUGCCUCCGCCAUGUUCAGAGGAAGAAUGUCCACUAAAGAAGUUGACGAACAAAUGUUGAAUGUCCAGAACAAGAACUCCUCUUACUUCGUAGAGUGGAUUCCAAACAACAUCAAGUCCUCUGUCUGCGAUAUCCCACCAAAGGGACUCAAGCUCGCUUCUACCUUCAUCGGAAACUCGACUGCCAUCCAGGAAAUGUUCAAGAGAGUCGCCGAACAAUUCACUGCCAUGUUCAGAAGAAAGGCCUUCUUGCAUUGGUAUACCGGAGAAGGAAUGGACGAAAUGGAGUUCACCGAAGCCGAGUCCAACAUGAACGAUCUCGUCUCUGAAUACCAACAAUACCAGGAUGCCACUGCUGAAGAAGAAGGAGAGUAUGACGAAGACGAAGAUGAAAUGGACGGAAUGUAAACUUAAUUUGGUUCUCACACUUU